UCUGCAGGGAGAGAGGGGUGCAGUGCGCUGCAGUGCGGCUGCAGUGUGCACUGCAUGUAUAUAAGCGCAGCGCACGCACCCAGCGGCACUGUCCUGUGCUCCGACCAGCUCACACCAACACCUCACCAUGUACAAGAUCGUCAUCUUCGCCGUCGUCGUGGCCGCCGCCUCCGCCGCGCCCGGUUACCUGGGCGGUGGCCUGGCUUACGGUGGUCUUGGACACGGCGUGGCCCUCGCGCCCGCUCCCAUCGCCGUGGCGCACGCCCCCAUCGCCGUGGCGCACGCUCCCGUGGCCACCUCCUACGCCAACUCCAACCUCAUCUCCAGGACCAUCGGCGUCCGCACCAUCGCCGCCCACGCCCCCGUCAUCGCCGCCCCGGUCCACACCUCCGUCGUCGCCGCCCCCGUCGCCGUCGGUUACGGACACGGCGGACUCGCCCUCGGCGGUCUGGGCUACGGCGGUCAUUAUUAGACGCGAAAACAAAACAAAAAAAAAGACGAAAACAAAAUCACCACACCGUCAUCUCUUGUAUUUAUUGCACGCCCAGUGAGUGUUGUCAUGUGUGAGAGUCGAGUAACAACUAUAGCGAGUGACUGAAAUAAAUCGGAGACGAUUCA